UCGUCGCCCCCCUCCACCUCCGCCUCCGCCUCUAGCUCAUCCCCUCCGGUCUCCCCCAGCUUGGCGUAGACAGGCAGACAGAUACAGCGGCGCUGUUACCGAGAGAGACAGAUCGCGCUGCCCAAGAAAAGAAGCCGCGCGAGCUUCCUUCCCUCUCUCUCAUCAUCCCUCCUCUUCCCUCGACGGAUCGAUCGCCGGUUGCAGCACUAAUGUCUCGCGGUUCCAUUGGAUUGGACCUGGAACCGCGAGAUCAAGAAAACGCCUAGCAUUAAAUUCCAAGACUAAAAAAAGAAACCAACAUUGAUUGACUGCAAUCUUCAAGAAAGGGGAGAGCUUUGGUUUGAUCGGCGGCGGCCGAUCUUGGCUCGGAUGGCGCCGCCGCCGCCGCCGACGUCGCCGCCGUCGCUGGACUACUGGCGAGGCUUCUUCAGCGGCGCGCGGGCGAGCAUCUUCGACGCCAUCGACGCCGCCAUCCGGGUCGCCGCCGCCGACCAACCCGACGCCCUCCGCGCGCGCCGCGACGCCAUCGCCGAGCGUCUCUACACCGCGCUUAUCGCCCUUCCGCUGCCGGAGGCGCCGUGGCUCCCUACCACGGGCCAACCGGCGCCCAGCCUCUGCAGCUCCGACCGCGCUGAGGUCGUCAACGACGACGGCGGCGCUGCGCCGCGGAACAACAGCGAUGACGCUGUCAUCGCCGAGGCGUUCCGCGUCAAGGCCGCGCUCUCCAAUGCCCAAGAAAAGUCGGAGGCCGAGUUGCUCGAGCUGCUUCAGAGGCUGCACCAACUUGAAUUCACGGUGGAGGUCAUCAUGGCUACUGAGAUUGGAAAGGCGGUGAAACCCCUGAGAAAGCAUGCCUCAAAGCAGAUUCGGCAACUCGUCCGAUCGCUCAUUGAGGGUUGGAAGGCUAUGGUUAAUGAGUGGGUUAAUGAUGGAGGUCCCGUUGUAGAUCACACGCCACAAUCAGUGGAUGCUUCUUGCCUGGAUCAGGAAGAAGGGGGUCUGCCUUCCCCUCCAAUGGACGAGGCUGCCCUGUUCGCGACACCGUGCACUUCGAUCCAGCUAUCUGAGUUCUUCGAUGAAAUGGAUGAUGAUGGAAACAUUAGAAGUGACGCCAAGGAGCACAGGCAGUGCAAUAAGCCAAACCAAGAGUCAAUCAAGAAGAAGUCACCUAUGGGCCAAUGGUAUGACCCAGAGCAGAAUUGGAGGCUAGACCCAUCUUCUAUGAAGCAAUCGCGACCGAAUGAGCCAUUCAACUGGCAAACAAGGCAACAAUCUAAUCCAGGAGCACAAGGGAAGCCAUCAAGUGCAGCAUUUGGUCCUGGAAGACCUCAGAUGAUGCAUUUGGAGACAAAAGGCUCCGAAAUGAGACCAAAGCAGCAGGAGCAAGAUGUCUCAGUGGCCCAAAGAAGGCCGAAACCAACUAUGCCUAAGCAGCCAUCACCUAAGCACGAUGAAAAUUCUGUUCGAGCAAAGCUAGAGCUUGCAAAGGAAGCCAAGCUCGAAGCUACAAAGCGCAAGCUUCAAGAGGGUUACCAAGAAUUCAACAAUGCGAAGAAGCAGAGGACGGUACAGAUGGUGGAUCCACAAGACCUGCCGAAGCAAGGGAACCCAAACCCAGCGCUCAACGGCAAGGCGAGGAACAAUAACAACAACAACAUCCGGAAUCGGCUGGGCAUCCGUCGCUGAUCAAAUCCAUCCGUCGUGCUCUUCACUAAUCCAUCAACCCAUCCCUUGCCAGAAAGAUAAACCCUUGCCCUUGCCAUCGCCGGUUGCUGCUUGGAAGCCUGGAUGCAUCAGUCAAAAGUGUUUUUCUUUUGGUCCAGUACUAUAUACAUGCAUAACAACGGUAAGGCUUCAAUGUUGAAGGCGGGAACAGAGUCGCCAGGGAUGUACAUGUGUGCUACUGGCCUACUGCUGCAGCCCUAACAUGUUGGGUUAUAGUAACUCUUAAGUGGCUGGUCUGCCAAACUUGUAGAGAUAAACGUUACAUUACAUAGUUAUACUAUUCGUAGAAAACUUAUAGCAACUGUUGUGACUCCUGGGACCUGCUAAUACACCGCAUUGUGCCUCC